AUGGGGGCUGGGCCCCUCGUGUCAUUGGCCCUAGGGGCCAUAGUGGGUCCGGGCGCUGGGUGCGGGCGUGGUGCCCGUGCCCGAGACAGAACGGGGCUGGCCCUAAACGCAGCCCGCGGCGUGGGCGCCGGCAGCCAGAACGCCGGCCAGUGGGGGGGGGCGAUCCGCGGUGGACGGGGCGAGGCCAGGGACGGCGACGGGGCGACGGUGCCGGAGCUAGUGACAGAGGCGGGCGACGGCGGGCGAGCCACGACAAUCAGUGGCGAGGCGCGGGGAGCAAGGGCGACGGAGCGUGUAGAGGAGGGCGAGGCCGUGGCGAGGCGAGCAGUCGCCAGUGGGGGACGCCGGGGCCCUAGCCGUGGAGGGCGCGCCGGCGGGGAAUGCGGUUGCCGCGGGCGAGCGGCUUGGCGAAGGCCGGCGCUGGCCAAGGGGCAGCGCGCGCGGGCCGUCGUCAAGCAGGGGUGCGUGGGCGCGGCCAGGGCGGCCGACGCGUGCGGGCGUCGGUGA